AUUCAUCUGUAAUGGUGAUUUCUUCAAAAUUUAUGGUGUCUUGCUGUUGGAAAUAGUCUUUUAGUUAUGUCAGGCUCUGGUUUUAUUAAUUUUAUGACUGAGACUUUGAAGCAAUGAAAGAAUAGUACAAUGAUGACUAUCAUACAAAGAGCAAGCUUCUUGAUUAUACAUAUUCAUAAUCAUCUCUGUUCUUACAAUCAGCAAUUUCCUGGAGAAAAUGGGUGGGAAAAACAGAAUCUGCAGCAUUCUGCAUUCUCCCAUGUCCCUGUUGUUCAACUUGCUUCUGUUACAAUGUUGCACUGCAACUAAUAACAUAACUCUAGACAGACCUUUGUCACAAGAACAAGUCCUUACCUCCCCUGGCCAAAAUUUUGAGUUAGGCUUCUUUCGGCCUAAUAAUUCUUCUGCCAAUCAAUAUGUGGGAAUAUGGUACAAAAAUAUUACUCCCCGGACUGUUGUUUGGAUCGCCAACAGAGAGAAGCCAGUUACAGACUCCUUGGCAAGUCUAACGAUUGGAAGUGAUGGAAAUUUGAAGCUUGUAGAUGGACUCCACGACACUCUAUGGUCAAGCAAUGUUUCUGCUCCGUCAUAUGGUUCAGUAGCAGUGCUUUCAGAUGAUGGAAACUUCGCCCUGAAGGAUAAUAUAUCUGGAGAUAAUCUAUGGCAGAGCUUCGAGCAUCCUUCUGAUACUUUCUUACUCGGGUCAAGUAUUGGGUUUAACACUAAAACCGGAGAGAGACGCGUCAUGACUUCCUGGAAAAGUGACACUGAUCCCUCACCCGGAAGUUUUGUUGUUGGACUGGCGCAGCGGUCACCACCGCAAGCUUUCAUUUGGAAAGGGUCGGUGCCUUAUUGGAGAAGUGGAGAAUGGGAUAAAACCAAGUUUAUUGGUAUACAGCAACUGGAUUCAUCAUAUUCAAGCAUGUUCGACCUCAUAGAAGAUAUUGAACAAGGAACAGUAUAUUUGAUUUCCAAUCCUCACAACCAGUCGGAUUUCGAAAAAAUGAUUGUUUCAUGGAUGGGACCUCUAAAGUUGACUUUUUGGGAAGACCAGCGCUGGAAUGUUGAAUGGGAAGCACCAAAGAAUCCAUGUGAUGUCUAUGGAACCUGUGGACCAUUUGGAGUUUGUAAGGCAUCUGAAUCUCCCAUUUGUAGGUGCUUAAAAGGAUUUGUACCGAAGUUAGAUGAGGAAUGGAGAAAAGGAAACUGGACAGGAGGUUGCGUGAGACGAACUGAAUUACUUUGCGAGGGAAACACAAGCAACGAGGCAACAGACAGGGGAAAAGCAGAUAAGUUUUGGAAAAUGGAUAGGAUGAAACUUCCUGAUUUUUCCGAGUAUAAGAACCUUGAUUACCCCAUCCCAUGCCAACAAUGGUGCUUGGAUAACUGUUCCUGCAAGGCUUAUGCCACUGUAGAAGGAAUUGGGUGUCUGGUUUGGACUGGAAACCUUACAGAUAUGCAGGAAUUCUCCUUUGGCGGGGAAGCAUUUUUCUUACGCCUUGCACCUUCAGAAUUUGCUCAUGAAAGGUUAAGAGAAAAGCUCAUUAUCAGCCUCACAACUAUUUCUUGUAUCAUCACCUUGGCCUUGGGCAUCUUAAUAUAUGGCCUACACCGGAAAAGAUCUCAAAAAAUAAGUGAAGAAACAAAAAUCUCGGAAGACUUGGAGUUGGCUGCUGAAAUUGAAUCUUCAAGCGAAAUCUUGCCUAGCUACAUGUUGAGAAGCCAUUUAGAACUAGAAGAUACAUUGGAACUACCUAUAUAUGACCUGAAUAGCAUAUUAAUUGCCACAGAUAACUUCAGCCUAGACAACAAACUUGGGCAAGGAGGCUUUGGCCCAGUUUAUAAGGGAUAUCUACCGGAUGGGAAGUAUGUAGCGGUUAAGAGACUUUCUAGUACGUCAGGCCAAGGCAAAGAAGAGUUCAAGAAUGAAGUAAUGUUGAUCUCCAAACUCCAGCACAGAAAUCUUGUCAGGCUCUUUGGUUAUUGCAGUGAGAAAGAAGAAAGAAUACUCAUUUAUGAGUACAUGGCCAACAAAAGCUUGGAUAAGUUUCUAUUUGAUCCAACAAAGAGAGCAGAACUUUGUUGGGCAAUGCGUUUCAACAUUAUUCAAGGUGUUGCUCGGGGGCUUCUUUACCUCCAUCGUGAUUCUUGUUUGAGGGUUAUACACCGAGACUUGAAAGUCUCCAACAUCCUCUUGGAUGACAAAAUGAACCCAAAAAUUUCAGAUUUUGGGUUGGCUCGGAUCUUUGAAGGGACACAAUAUUUAGCAAAUACACAUAGAGUGGUUGGAACACUGGGCUACAUGUCUCCUGAGUAUGCAUUGACUGGGAUGUUUUCCGAGAAAUCAGAUGUUUUUAGUUUUGGGGUUCUCUUAUUGGAGAUUGUCAGCGGCAGAAAGAUCAGUACCUCCUACUUUAAAGAUCAACAUCUAUGCCUUCUUAGCUAUGCAUGGCAACUGUGGCAUGAAAGUAAGGAAAUGGAGUUGUUGGAUGAAGCCUUGGCGGACUCAUUUUCGUCGUCAGCAGUAAAGAGGUGCAUUCAUGUAGGUCUUCUUUGUAUUCAGGAUUAUGCUGAACAUAGGCCAUCCAUGUCAACAGUAGUUUCUAUGCUAAGCAGUGAAACAGAGCUUCCACAGCCAAAACAACCUAUAUUAUUCCAAAGUGCACUGAAGUCUGAUCGAUCUGAAUCUAACAGCAUCUGGUCCACAGGUCAGAUUACAGAAUCAGUGCUCGAAGGAUUCUCUCAGAGACUGAUUUCCGAGAUGGGUGGGGAACAGAGAAGAUGGGGCGUUUUCCUUUCGUCCAUGUCCCUGUUGUUGAACUUGCUUCUGUUACAUUGCUGCGCUGCAACUAAUAACAUAACUUUAUCCAGGCCAUUAUCAGAAGACCAAAUCCUUACCUCCCCAGGCCAAUUUUUUGUGUUAGGCUUCUUUCAGCCUAACAAUUCUGCCAACCGAUAUGUAGGAAUAUGGUAUAAAGAUAAAGCUCCUACAAAAAUUGUUUGGGUGGCCAAUAGAGAGAAGCCAGUUACAAACUCCUCGGCAAGUCUAACAAUUGGGAGUGAUGGAAAUUUGAAGCUUGUAGAUGGAAACCAAGACGCUCUUUGGUCAACCAAUGUUUCUGUUCCGUCAAAUAGUUCAGUAGCAGUGCUUUCAGAUAAUGGAAACUUUGAACUUAUAGAUGGUAUAUCAGGAGCGAAUUUAUGGCAGAGCUUUGAGCAUCCUUAUGAUACUUUCUUACUUGGGGCAAGUCUAGGGUAUAACUUCAAAACUGGAGAGAGACGUUUCUUGACAUCCUGGAAAAGUGACAGUGAUCCAUCACCCGGAAAUUUUGUUGUUGGACUUCUACCUGGGUCGACAAUACAAGCUUUCGUUUGGAAAGACAGGUUACCUUAUUGGAGAAGCGGGCAAUGGGAUAAAACGAAGUUUAUUGGUAUACCAGAAAUGGAUUCAUCGUCUUCAAGUAUAUUUGACCUCAGAGAAGAUCUUCAACAAGGAACUGUGUAUUUAUAUACUGAUACAUACAACCAGUCUGUUGCUUUAAACAUGGUUAUUUCUUCAGUGGGAACUCUACAGUUGGAGCACUGGGAAAGAGGCCAGGGCUGGAUUGUUGAUUGGGAAGCACCGCAAAAUCCGUGCGAUGUCUAUGGAGUCUGCGGAUCAUUUGGAGUUUGCAGCCCAUCUGAAUCUCCCAUUUGCAGCUGCUUAAGAGGAUUUACACCAAAGUCAGAUGAAGAAUGGAGCAGAGGAAACUGGACAGGGGGUUGCAUGAGACGAACCAAUUUAUCUUGCGAAGAAAACACAAGUUCCAAACCCACAAACACCGGAAAAGCAGAUAGAUUUUGGACAAUGGAUAGGAUGAAACUUCCAGAUCUUUCUGAGUAUUUGGAAAUCGACAACGACCUAUGCCAAGAAUGGUGCAUGAAUAACUGUUCCUGCAUGGGUUAUGCAAUUGUAUAUGGAAUUGGGUGUCUGGUCUGGACUGGAAACAUUACAGACAUGCAAAAGUUCCCCUUCGGUGGGGAAGAAUUCUUCAUACGGCUUGCACAUUCGGAAUUUGCUGAUGAGAGACUAAAAGAGAAGCUCAUUAUCAGCCUCACAACCAUUUCUUGCAUCAUCAUCUUGGGCAUCUUAGUGUAUGGCAUAUGCCGUAAAAGAUUUAUCAAAAUAGGUAAACGAAAGAGAAUUUUCAAACACUUUGACUUGGCAGGGAAUGAAACCUCAAGCGAAAUCUUAACCGGAAAUACAUUGAGAAGCCAUUUAGAACUAGAAGAUCCAUCAGAAUUACCUGUGUUUGACCUGAAUAGCAUAUUAGUCGCCACUGAUAACUUCAGCGUAACAAAUAAACUAGGGCAAGGAGGAUUUGGCCCAGUUUAUAAGGGCAAGCUGCAUGAUGGGAAGUAUGUGGCAGUCAAGAGACUCUCUAGUAGCUCAGGCCAGGGCAUCGAAGAGUUCAAGAAUGAAGUUAUGUUGAUCUCCAAACUCCAACACAGAAAUCUGGUCAGGCUAUUCGGUUACUGCAUUGAGAAAGAAGAAAGGAUGCUCAUUUAUGAGUUUAUGGCCAACAAAAGCUUGGAUACUUUUUUAUUUGAUCCAACAAAGAGAACAGACCUUCAUUGGCCAAAGCGUUUCAACAUCAUUCAAGGUGUUGCUCGGGGGCUUCUUUACCUCCACCGUGAUUCUUGUUUAAGGGUUGUACACCGGGACUUGAAGGUCAGCAACAUCCUUUUGGAUGACAAAAUGAACCCAAAAAUUUCAGAUUUUGGGUUGGCACGGAUAUUUCAAGGGACACAAUUGUUAGCUAAUACCCAUAGAGUCGUUGGAACUCUCGGCUAUAUGUCUCCUGAGUAUGCAUUGAGUGGGAUAUUUUCCGAAAAAUCAGAUGUUUUUAGCUUCGGAGUUCUUCUGUUAGAGAUUGUCAAUGGCAGGAAGAUUACAGCCUCCUACUAUCAUGACAAACACAUAAGCCUUAUUGGCUAUGCAUGGCAACUGUGGUCUGAAAGCAAGGAAUUAGACUUGUUGGAUGAAGCCUUGGCGGACUCCUUUUCAUCAUCAGAAGUAACAAGGUGCAUUCAUAUUGCUCUACUUUGCGUUCAGGAUCAUGCUGAAAAUAGGCCGAACAUGUCAGCAGUUGUUUCCAUGUUAAGCAGUGAAGCCGAGCUUCCACGGCCAAAACAACCUACAUUUACAUUUCAGACUGGAUUCUACUCUGAAAAAUGCGACUCCAACCAUUUUUUGUCCGCGUGUGAGCUUACAGAGUCCGUGCUCGAAGGGCGAUAACCACUCUGUAGCAAGCAUUAACUCUGUUGUAGUUUCUUUGUAGGCUGAAAUACUCAACCCAAAGCCCCACUCCUCUUGUUCAGUUCCUAUUGCUUGUAAAUCAUUUGAAUCUGCUAUAAAGUUUGUAAUCUUUUUG